CAAUGUUUUUUUCAAAUUUAUAUAAAUGAGAAGAUUGAAAGAGUGAGAAUGUAUUCUUUCUUGAUAUAUUUAUUUAAUGGAGAAAAACCUUUGGGGUUUGGAUAAAGUUAUAGAAGAAGACGAGGGCUUCACCGGAAGAUGUUAGAAUAAUGGUUCUGUUCCGCAAGUUCAUCAAAGCAGUAUUCGCCGACAACACCCAAACCCAAGCCCGAGCCCGAACCUUCCUCACCUCAAUAUACGCAUUCCCCUGGUACGCGCCUCACCACAACAACCGCCACUCCCGUUCAACAAACAAUUACAGAUUCCUCUCUCCCGGCCCAGGCCCAGGCCCAGGCUCAGGCCCUCUCUUCCUCACUCGUCCCCCAUGGAAACUCUCUCAAUCCGCCACCCCUCUCUAUUUGCACGAAAACGCCGUCGUUUUCCCCAAGGUCCACCCCUUCAAUUUGCUUCGCUACGCUCCUCCUCUCCCUCUCCGCUUCCCUGAUCCGCUUCCCUCCGUUUCCACCAACCCUUCCCUUUUCCACAGCUUCGUCAAUCUCCCCAAUUUCAUAUCCUUCUCCCGAUUACUUUCCGGUCCUCUUCUCGCAUGGAUGAUCUCCAACGAAUUCUAUACUCCAGCAUUUGUAGGGUUGGCACUCUCUGGGGCCACUGAUUGGCUGGAUGGAUACGUGGCUCGGAAGAUGAAGAUAGAUUCCGUAGUGGGUUCCUACCUUGAUCCCCUUGCUGACAAGGUUCUUAUUGGUUGCGUUGCACUUGCCAUGGUGCAUAAAGAUCUACUGCAUCCUGGACUUGUUAGUCUUGUUGUGUUUCGGGACGUCUUCCUUGUGGGGGGUGCAGUAUUUCUGAGAGCAAAUAGCUUGGGUUGGAAGUGGAAAAGCUGGUUUGAUUUUUUUAACCUUGAUGGAACCGCCCGCCAAAAGGUUGAACCACUCCUUCUAAGCAAGGUGAAUACAGUGUUCCAAUUAGCUCUAGUUGCUGCUGCUCUUCUUCAACCAGAGUUUGGAACACAG